AUGCAGGACUCAGCACCUUCUUCUUCAUCUCGCCUCUACAGCAUACCUGGAACCUUGGACAUCAUCAGCAUAUCAGAAACGCAGUGUCGCAUACCUGCGGGCGGACUUUGCACCGCAUGUAUUGAAUUGAACCAGGUCGAUAAAAAAAUAAAGGAAGCAGCUGCUCUCCUGCAGCAGCUAAUAAGACAGCGAGAAGAAUUGAAGACCGAACGGAAUUGUCACCACGAUCAGCUCAUCCAACGCCUCCCCACUGAGCUGGUGUCUCGCAUCUUCGCCCUCUGCGCUUCAUACCCUCCUGUUUCCGUGGACUCCAUGAAAGUUCCUCCUCUUUAUCGUCAACGAAAACCAUUAGUCUCAGCACCAUGGGAACUUGGAGUCGUCUCUCGAUCAUGGCGAGACGUCGUCUACUCCACUCCACAACUCUGGACCGUUAUCUCUGUCAAUAUGUCUCGUCGAAGGGAAGCGGGGUAUAGCGAGUUUGUGCAGGAGUGGCUGUUGCGUUCCGGUGACCUGCCUCUUACCCUUAGUCUUUAUACAUCAGCUCGUAGCGACACGGUCCCCUUCGAGGUAUUGUCUACGUCGGAAGAGCCGAAGGCCAUGCAGCUCUUAGCUGCUAUCAACCAAACCUCCCAGCGGUGGAGAUAUUUGGAUGUAUCCCUUCCCGUCCCGUUCUCUGGGCACCUUCGCGGGGUUUCCAGCGGGACUUCGAAGUUGCAGAGCAUCCACCUGGGGCGACCCCUCGGUCCCAGGAAUACUCGAAGUAUCACCUUCCAGAUGCACGUUACGCCAUCUCCUUCAAGAGUCGCACUUGAAUAUAUAGGUUUCAAGGCCUUUGACAUCAACUGGGAUAAUGUCACCCAUGCCACAAUCCAGUCCUUCUCGGUUGCGGAAUGCUUAGAAAUGCUGCGCAGUGCACACCAACUCACCCACUUCGCUGUCAGUUAUGUCUACAACGACCAAGAUCCACACGAAUCGCCGUCAGAGAACUUGAAGAUCGUACACAAUCACCUUCAAGUUUGCGAGGUUUCCUCUAUUUCUCGCCUUGAUCUCCUCUUCAGUCAUCUAGUUCUUCCCUCCCUCAUCAAUCUCCACCUUUUCGACAACCUCUCCGCCGCCGCAUCUCUCGUCUCACGUUCCGACUGCAAGAUAACUGAGCUUUCCGUCAACCAAUCGGAGACGCGACUUUCUUCGGAGGAGGAUCUAAUCACACUUUUGAAACUAUGCCCAAGCUUAACCCACCUUACCCUUCUCGAGUGCCCCAUUUCAGACAUUUUUUUCCAGGAAUUGGGGCACGACAAAACCCCUGACCAACAGCAAUCAACUCUGAGCCAGUUUCUACCGGUCCUCAGUUCACUCAGCAUUGAGGCCCUCCUCAGGUUUCGAUGGGAUUCCCUCACCAAUAUGUUUAACCGACACCCAGACCCGCUCUACGCCCCCCGACGGAAACUUCGAUACUUGAAAGUUACUAUACUGGAAGGCGAACGUAGUGAAUCCGACGAGUUGUCAGACGAAUCAGACGAUGGGGUAACUGAGCCACUCUCAAGACUCAUCCCUAAAAAUGUCGCUUCAAGCCUGUUGUCGCUAUUAGACUCGGAAGAAGUUGUGAUCAUAAUCGAGGAUGAAUAUAAGCAUAGUCUCCUCCACACUGCUUUGGCAUCAGAAGGUUAG